AACCCCUCUCACUUGAAGCCUCACACUCAAAGCCACGGCUGAGAGCCUGAGACUAUAAACCAAAAACCAGUGUCCGGAGACCAGACACCCCUCUCUCUUCUCCUCCUUGCUUUAUUUCUAUCUCCCGAGAUCAAUCAUACACACACUGCGCACACCGUUCAUGGACGAAACCCCCCACCGCCGCACCGGCGUUGGCGCCGGAGUCCGCCUGAAGCAGAAACUCGCACAGCUCCUUGUGCGUUCUUCUUGCAUCACCAACGCCACCAAGACCACAACCACCCCGGCCACGGCCUUCGUUAGCCUCGAUAAGGCCAACGCCAACCCCAACCAAGAGCCACGACAUUCCCCUGACUUGUGCACCCACUGCACCUAUCAGAGGCCUAACCCUGUGGAAGGAAGCCGCCACCGUCACCGCAGCGCGUCGGUCGUCCACGCCUCCGUCGACUACCUAGGUGGGGUCUCCGGUCGCCGUCCUGUUCACUCCAUUGCUCCUCUCCUGCCGCCAUCGGUGCAGACGAACGAUGCAAUGAAGAGCAGGGGUGCACGCUCUAGGUCGGUGUCAAGGCGGCAUCGCUCAUACUCCUCUUGUCGGCGUCUGCGGCGGCCGCGGAUGAACUCCGUGCCGUACAGCUGCUCUUCGUCCACGGCGACCGACGACGAAAGCGCCGAGGAUGCUGAGACGACGACGCUCUUCUCGUCCCUCAGCUUCUCCUCCGACUCGACCUGCGAGUUUUACCACGCCAACAGUAGCAAUGCCUCCAGGAAGAGCCACAGGAACGCGCCCCGCGGAGCGCCCCGGCGCGCGUUGCCAAGUGCCAGGGACCCACCCGAUGCCUUGCCGCCGCGGGUUAACUUGGCGACGAAGCACCACCACUGCAAGAACAGCAAAAGGGAGGAGGAUGCGAAUGCGAUCAAGAAGAUGGUCGUGGAAGAAACCGGAGCCAUUGGCGUGGGCAUGGCGGUGGUGAAGCGAUCGAGCAACCCAUACGCAGACUUCCGGAGCUCGAUGGUGGAGAUGGUCGUGGAGCGCCGUAUCGCCAGCCUGGGGAAGAUGGAGGAGCUCCUGGAGUCGUACCUCUCGCUCAACUCGCCGGAGCACCACCCGGCAAUCAUCGCCGCCUUCGAGGACGUCUGGGAGGCCGUCUUCGGUGAGGCGUGACAGAGAGUACCAAGCUAAAGGUGUUCGUUGUAGUAGCUUGCUAGUUCAGGUCUUCAGGAUCGAUCGGACGCGCGGUGUUGUUUGUGGUUUUCAGUUCGUCUUAGCUAUACUUUGCAGAUGUAUGUACAAAAAGAAAAUGUACAUGCCCAGUGCAGAAUUCUCAUGCAGAAUUGGUGUCAUCGCUCGUGCCAUCGAAAUGUUGCGUGCUCAAAUUAAUUACUAGCUUGUCUCUAGUUGAGCACUUUGAGCCUUGGAGUUCUAUGA